CGAGGCACGGGGCCGGCUGCGGGGCGGCGGGCAGCUCACGGGCGUGCCUGGCGAGGGCGCUGGCGCCCCCGGCGACAGCGCGGCCACCGCAGAGGGCGCCGCGGGCGAGGGGUCCAUGGCCGGCCACAUGAAGGUGACCGGGCAGCUCGGUCAGGUGAUGGGCGAGUCCAGCUCCAUCUCGCGGACCUACGCCUGCCUCUUCAUGCGAGAGCUGGACGUGGGCAACAGCUUUUUGGACGAGGCCAGCGUCCACCUGAACGUCCCGGAGGGCGCCGUUCCCAAGGACGGGCCUUCAGCGGGAGUGACGAUGGCGACCGCGCUGGUAAGCCUGGCCCUCGACACGCCGGUCAGGCCCGACCUCGCCAUGACAGGCGAGCUCACGCUGUCCGGCAAGGUCCUGAAGGUUGGCGGUAUCAAGGAGAAGGUGAUCGCGGCCCGUCGAGACGGGGUGAAUACGCUCUGCUUGCCGCGGCAGAACGAGGCAGACUUCAUCGAGCUGAAGGAGUACCUGCGUGCUGGUGUCACAGCGCACUUCGUUGACCAUUUUGACGACGUGUACCAGAUCGCCUUCGAGGGCGCAGACGUGCCCAAGCUGCCGUUCCCACCCCGGGGCCAGCCGAAGGCGACCGUCGUCACCCCAGAGCAGCCCCCUCCCUCUGCCGAGCUGGCCACCGAGGCGGCAGCGGCGCCGGCCGCGGCGCCGGCCGCCGCGGCGGUGGCUGGUGCCGCCUACCUCAGAGCAGGAGGGCCGGAGCUGCCGCCCUCCUGGAUGUCCGCGCCACCAGUUGUGGAACCGACGGCCUGCCCGCCCUUCUAGCAACUGAGGCCUGGCGCCAGGACAUACAGCAGCGCUAGUAGCCUUCGUCUCGCGCCUACGUGCACUCUCCUGUGGCACAACCACUCUCUCCCUCCUGCAUCUUUUCCGCUUCCUCCUUCCUCCCUCCCCUCGGCCGUGCUGUCAUCUUCCCGCUGCUCUGGGCGGUCCUUUUCAGGGGCGCAGCAGGGAGCUCGGGGCGGCAGCUCCUGUUGCAGUACCGCUCCCCGCGAAGAAACAGAGCGGCGACGGCGG